AUGAAGAUGUAUGAGAUAUGUGUUUUGUAUGGCGAGUCUAAAACGAUUCAGGCUGCUGCAGCUGUCCGAGAGUCGAACCAAAGCAAAGAAAUAUUUUUUCGAGCCAUCUCUCUUGCUGAGCCGCCCAAAACCAAGCUGAUUAAGUUCCUCGACGGCGAGCAUGCUGGCAAUAAUGAUGCAAUCUACCCAGCAAGACAGGCCAGGGUUCAGGCCUACAUCGCAAAAACUCUGCAUGAGAUGAUUGUCGACUUGGGCACGGCGACCAUUGCGUUUAUCACUCCCCUGCCAGGUUGCCACUCCUUUAUAGACACCGACUUCAUGGCUCAAGUUGCUGCAGCAUGUUUAGCAGAUGGAAGUGUUCAACGCGAGAUUAGUGCCCUUAAGCUGCCAGAGGGCGCAACCGUUGUCGUCGAGCCUUGGGCCUAUGCCACGGACGGCAUGAAGGAUAUGAAAGACCGCUGGACAAUGGCCUGGUUUUAUAUGCGACUCUCAGACAAUCCUGACGCCAACUACUACGCCUACCCACUGGACAUUUGUGCCGAGGUCUCCAACACCUUAGAAGUCGUCAAAAUUUACCGACUGCCUUCUGGAGAGCACGACCAGCUUAGCAACAAAGGGAAGAAAUUUGACCGCCGCAAAAUUCACUCCAAUAGCGAAUAUCACCCCGAUUUCGUUCAAGGGCGCAGGACGACAACAAAACCGUAUCAUGUCUCUCAGCCCGAGGGUCCUUCGUUCAGCAUCGACGAAAACCAUAUUUCUUGGGAAAAGUGGACAAUGCGAGUCGGAUUCAACUACAGAGAGGGUAUGACACUUCACGAUAUCCGUUUCGAGGGUCGUAGCCUGUUUCAUCGUCUGUCUCUUGCAGAGAUGUUUGUGCCUUACGGUGACCCUCGAUGCCCCUAUCCCCGGAAAGCUGCCUUCGAUUUGGGAAACGACGGCGCUGGCAUCAACGCCAACAACCUCAAGUUAGGCUGCGACUGUCUUGGACACAUCAAGUACUUUGACGGGUGGCUUAGUACUUCUUCGGGAGAACCUUUGAAGAUGCCAAACGUCAUUUGCUGCCAUGAGAUCGACGACGGUAUUCUCUGGAAACACACGAACUUCCGGACGGGGAACGCUGUAGUAACAAGAUCUAGAGUUCUUGUGCUGCAGACCAUCAUCACAGUCAGCAACUACGAGUAUAUUUUCGUUUUCUACUUCCAGCAGGACGGCUCCAUAUUCUAUGAAGUUCGCGCCACGGGCAUCAUGUCAACAGCACCCAUUGACCUUGACACCAGGGUCCCUUGGGGGACCAUCGUCGCUCCUGGCGUAUUGGCACCAUACCAUCAGCACAUCUUCUGCUUAAGGAUCGAUGCUGCCAUUGAUGGGCCUAAGAACUCCUUGGUUGUCGAAGAAUCCCAUCCAAUUCCCUUCAGUGGAGACAUGGAUACGUACAACCCUUUUGGUGUCGGGUAUACCACAACAUCUAAAGUCAUUGAGAAAGAGGCAGGCUUGGAUCUAGAUUUCAACACCAACCGAACUUUCAAGAUCGUCAACGAGAACAUCACUAACUCAACUACUGGAACCGCUGUCGGCUUCAAGCUGCUCCCUCAUUAUAGUCAGCUUCUUCUCGCCCAGCCAAGUUCAUGGCACGGCAAGCGUGCGAGGUAUACAUCGCACGCUGUCUGGGUGACGCGGCAUCACGAUGAGGAGCUUUUCCCAGCGGGGAGAUUUACCAUGCAGUCGACCGGAGAGGAUGGCAUCGCAUCCUGGAUAGAUCAGCGGAAAGACGACGCCUCGUCUUCGGUGCGCAAUGAGGACAUUGUCAUCUGGCACACAUUUGGGUCCACGCAUAAUCCUCGUAUUGAAGACUGGCCGGUGAUGCCGUGCGAGAAAAUGAUGGUAGGGCUGAAACCGGUCAACUUCUUCCAGGGUAAUCCUGCUCUUGACGUACAGAUUUCGACGCAAGAGAAGAACCUCAGUGUACUGGUGCACGGAGGUAUUUGUGAGACAUAG